ACAAACGCUAAGGCGGGAGUGACGGUCUGUUGCCAUAGUUACCCCCCAAGAGAAGACGAGACUGCUCACGUGACCUGGCAAGAUGGCGACUAUAAUGUAGAAUGGGAUGUAAGUGAUCUGAGUUACCACGGUCCGUGUUUGGACGGUAUUGGGAACUACUGGUCAAUUGUUCAUCACAUCUGGUGAUCAGGAUGGCCUUAAAUGUCUUUGAUCACGAUGAGUACAGACCACCAGUCUGGAAAUCUUACUUGUACCAGCUCCAGCAGGAGGCGCCACACCCUCGCAGGAUCACUUGCACAUCAGAGGUGGAAAACCGGCCUAAGUACUAUGGAAGGGAGUUCCAUGGGAUGAUAUCCAGAGAGGAGGCCGAUCAGCUCCUGAGUCAGGCUGAAGGCAGCUACCUCAUCAGGGAGAGCCAGAGGCAGCCGGGCACCUACACUCUGGCUUUAAGGUUUGGAAACCAGACGAGGAAUUUCCGUCUCUACCACGAUGGGAAACACUUUGUUGGCGAGAAAAGGUUCGAGUCUAUCCAUGACCUGGUGACGGAUGGCCUCAUCACGCUCUACAUCGAGACAAAGGCAGCGGAGUACAUCGCCAAGAUGACCAUCAACCCCAUCUACGAACGCGUGGGCUACACCACUCUGAACCAGGAGCCCACUCUGAAGAAACUCCUGCCACACAGCCCAGAGACGCCCGGCGGACCGGUCCCUAUCAAAGAUGGCCGAAACACAGAAGAGAGGCUCACGUCUCUGGUGCGGCGCGCCACGCUGAGGGAGAGCGACAUGGUGCCCAAGUAUGAGAAGGUCCACAACUUCAAGGUUCACACGUUCAGAGGUCCUCACUGGUGUGAAUACUGUGCCAACUUCAUGUGGGGUCUGAUCGCUCAGGGAGUCAAAUGUGCAGACUGCGGGCUGAACGUUCACAAGCAGUGCUCCAAAGUCGUCCCCAACGACUGCCAGCCGGACCUGCGGCACGUCAAGAAGGUCUACAGCUGCGACCUGACCACGCUGGUCAAAGCCCACAACACCAAGAGGCCCAUGGUGGUCGACAUGUGCAUUCAGGAAAUCGAAGCUCGAGGUCUUCAGUCUGAGGGUCUGUACAGAAUAUCUGGCUUCAGUGAGCUGAUUGAGGACGUCAAGCUGGCCUUUGACAGAGACGGAGAGAAAGCAGACAUUUCAUCAAACGCUUAUGAGGACAUAAACAUCAUCACCGGCGCCCUCAAGCUGUACUUCAGGGAACUGCCGAUUCCUCUCAUCACAUACGACGCCUACCCACGCUUCAUAGAGACCGCAAAAAUUACAGACCCAGAAAAACGACUGGAGUCUCUGCAUGAGGCCUUGAAGCUGCUGCCCCCCGCCCACAUCGAGACACUCAGAUACCUCAUGGCUCACCUCAAGAGGGUCACGGAUUACGAGAAGGAGAACCUCAUGUCCAGUGAGAACCUGGGUAUCGUCUUCGGCCCGACGCUGAUGAGGGCGCCUGAACUGGACGCCAUGACGGCCCUCAAUGACAUCCGAUACCAGAGACUGGUGGUGGAGACGCUCAUUACCAAUGAAGAUGUGUUGUUCUGAGAGAAAAGGACGAAAAAAAAGCUCCGGAGAAAUGGAGGAACAUGUCUGGGAAGAUGAAGGAAGGGACUGUUUACGAGGAUUCCCCCGCAUUUUUAUGUAAUCUUUCACAAUCAGCAAACUUGAAGAUGUUAAAUAUUGAUAAUGACAGCUGAAACUCUGAGCCUUCUGAGGUCAAAAGAAACGUAGCAACUGCCCAUGUAGGGGAAACACUGGUUUUAGUUUUUAAACGGAUGCCUUGAAACUUUUAGCUUUUAGUUUUUCUGUUUAUUUAUCUUGUGAAAAGACCAACAAAGGUGGCAUUGACUUAUGCAUCUUGACAUUUCAAGUUGAAUCAGAGGCUAGAGAAGAAAUGAACUCAAUUUGUAUAUUAUUUGGUUAAUUUUUAGCAUGACAUUUAUUUUUUCUCUUUGUUGUACCAAUGCUUGUUAGCUAAAAAUCUUUUUUCCGUCUUAAACUGUGCCACAUUUGUAAGCAAAAUUCAGCAACAUUUAAAAUUAAUUUCAGUUCAAUCCAAUUAAAAAUGCUUUAUUUAUCAGAAAGGGAAAUUAAAUGUUGUCAUGACUCAUAUUAUCAAAGAGCCUUUUGGAAUGUAUUAUGGUUAAAAAAACCAGGCAGAGAUGUUGGAGUUGGGGAUAUAAUUGAGGUUUUAUGGUUAAAAAACCAGGCAGAGAUGUUGGAGUUGGGGAUAUAAUUGAGGUUUUAUGGUUAAAAAACCAGGCAGAGAUGUUGGAGUUGGGGAUAUAAUUGAGGUUUUAUGGUUAGAAAACCAGGCAGAGAUGUUGGAGUUGGGGAUACAAUUGAGGUUUUAUGGUUAGAAAACCAGGCAGAGAUGUUGGAGUUGGGGAUAUGUUUGACUAGAAUUGAUGGUUUGAAUGUCUUCUUUCUCUCUCUGCAACCAUGAAGCCUUCUUUUCAACUCCUCUAGGAUUUGUGGUCAUAUUACAUGUAUUAAGGCCUUUACGGGGAUUUAAUACCAACAAGCACUUUUACAACAAAGAAAUAAUCAAAUCUGUGUUUUUCUUGCUAUAGACGUCAAGACUUCACUUUUCUGUCUUCACUAUGAAGUCAACUUGUUCAUUUAAGUCUCCUCUGAGAAGGAAGCAGUACUGGCUUCAUGAAAGUAGACAGCAGGAUGAAUGACAAACUCAAAACAUCAGUGACUUUUCUGUUUUUAAAUUUUCUCCCAAAGCUGGACUGUAACUACACAGCAGCCCGUAAAGAGAAACUAUUUCAUGCCAUAGCUGAGCUUUAAUUUGAGAAGUUUGUUGCUGUUGCUGUGUGGUUACUCCACCAUUCCUGAACCACUUUUGCUCUGCGUUGUUAAACUGUUAUUUUAACUGAAUCACAACUAAAUUAAUAGGAGUGUUGAAACAUCUCCAGCUGUGAAGGUUUAAUGUACAUUUUCAACCAGUCAAGUCAGUAUUUCUGGUCCAAAGCUGUUGAUAACUGCUUGUAAUAUGAAGGAGUUUAUUUUCACCUUCUUUUUAAAGAAACUUGUGCCAUUUGAAGGAAUAAAAUGGAGGCCUUUUGCUUGUUUCUGCUCAUCAGUUAAGACUCCCUAUUUCUUGUUUUUACCCCCACUUUUGUCGGGGGACGGUGUUUGAAUUGAAGCGAUGACGACCCGGAGAAGUAAAGAGUUGGAUGUAACUAACAAAGUUCUUUAUCAAACAUUUCCUAACCAAGUACUAACAUCAAACUUUCCCUCUGAGCCGUCUGUUGUCUGUGAAAUUUGCUUUUUUUUUUAGCAUCUUGAAAUGUCAUUUUUUAUUGUCAUAGCUGUAAAGUAUUUUCUAUAUGGUUUCUGCAUGUUGUAAUUAAAUUAUUAAACAUGGCUUUCAAAUCAUGA